GACAACGUCUCGAAGCGGAGGCCAUGCAUCAUCCAAGCGUGAAAUCUUUGCUGCUGCUUUUGGUUGCCAGCUGCCAUUUGGCGGCCAGCGACAUUUUCGAGCAGUGCAACGCGGAGAAUAAUAAUAAUUUUGUGGAGUCCAACACGAGUUGCACGCAUUUUGUGUUCUGCAGCGGCGAGGACUCCUUCGAGGGCGAGUGCCCCGAGGAGAAUGACUACUUCAAUGCCCAGCUGGGCAUGUGUGAGCCCAUGCAGGACGUGGACUGUCGCACCGGCCUGCCGCUGCAAGCGGCGGAGGCUGCCGGCUCGAUCACAGUCACCGAAUUGCCCGCGGUCACAGUGACUGUUGUCGUGACUGCUGCGCCAGCCUCCAGCUUGGCCACGUCCACGGCCAGCGCGGAGCUGCAGACAACGCCUGUCAGUCUUGGGGAGAAUAAGGUGGUCACCCUGGUGGCCAGCGCUUGUCCAGCCACCGAUAAUUACAAUCAGAUUGUGCUGUUGGGCCACGACAAGUCCUGCACGGAGUACUUCAUAUGCUAUCACGGCAAGCCGCUGGCCAUGACCUGUGCUGCCAUGCUGCACUUCAAUGUCAAGACCGGCAAGUGCGAUAAGGCCGAAAUAGUCAACUGUUUGCGAUCAACUAUAAGCGUGCGGGAGCAAUGCAAGUCGCAUACCGUGGACAUCUAUCCGCAUCCCGAUAACUGCAACUAUUUCUACUUUUGCCGCAAUGGUUACCUGAUGCUCCAGCAGUGCCCCUUCUUCUACGGCUGGGACUACGAGAAGCGCUCCUGCGUGGCGAUCGCGCAUGCCAGGUGCUACGGCAGAACACGACUCUAUUAAUAAAUUCUAUUUAUGCCAAAUCAAAGUUACUUUUAAUAAAAACUUGACUUUAAAGGAACCACUUAAA